AUGCCAUCAAUCUCAUGUUGGGUGUUUGAGGUGUGCUUUGGGGAAUGGCCGAGGGCAUUUCUCGAUGCAGACGUCGAAGUGGUCGGUUCGGUUGAAAGAGGCAAAAUCGCCGGUGGACUGAAAGGCGGUUGUGGGGGCGGUGGUGGUGGAGCUGCGGUUGUCGUCUGUUGGGAAAUUGCGUACAGUGGAGGAAGCGACAACUCAUCAACCGAUGUUAAAGGACCUGCACCAAUUCUAUUUCCACCUGAUGGACCACUACAGUGUUAG